UCAGGAAAAAAUUGGUUCACAUGGCUGCAAUUGCUACAUUGAUGCAGUUUUAGUGGUUAUACUAACAACAAUGUUUAUGCUGCAUUCGUGACUGUGUCUACAAAAUGUUGAUUUUGGUACCAUGUUACUAGUCGACGGAGUUCGUUAGUUGAGUGAACUUAUACAAUUGUGUUUAUUAAUAGGUGAAAGAUACAAAUUAUUCUUGAAGAAUUUGGAAUUAAGUUCUGCAUUGUCAUUUCUUUUUAUGCUUUGGCCUUUCAGGGACAAACUCCACUUUUCCCUAAAAUUUCAGCCACGAGGCUGCUGGGCGUGUAAUUUUGGUAUUUCUUUCUUUGUCUGGUUAAUUUAGAAGUAUAUUGUAUUUGCACUUGAAUUACAUAUGAUUGAAGAACAGGAAUUUUAUAAGGAUGUUGAAACUUGGAACAAAGAAAUGGACCACUGACUCAUUAAGAUUUCGAAAAUGAUCAGUUUGGAUGCUUGGCUAAACAUAUUAGUGGAGACAUUCAAUGAUUCUCACAUAGGAAUUGAAACAUGAUCUCUUAUUUUCUGUAAUUAUGCUUGGCUAAGUGCUUCAGUAUAAUUUUACUUUGGUGCAUGCUCUGUGCAGUUAUUUAGGGAUAUUGGCUUAGCUAUUGCGACAAAAGACAAAAGACAAAAGAUUAAAAACAAAUGGGCUAUGAUAAAAUCUAAUGUAAUACAACUUCUUGGUCGGUUGUGUCAAUUUGACCAGAAAAAAGUAAGAAAGAAAUAAAUAUCAAUGCUUGGAUAUUAGUGAAUCCAGUCUAAUGUGAUGUAAUAACUUCUCGUUUGCUUUGUUCUGUGCAGUUUUGUAUUUCUCUUUGUGCCUUAGUUCCUCCUAGAAAAGUUUGCAAUGGAAGUUUCACAGCUUCAGUUCAACUUUUGGAUCUUCUUUUCCAAUGCUCUAUGUGCUCUCGCUUUGAACUUCUCUAUUUUCCUAGUAAUAGGUAGAACUGGUGCUGUGACCAUCCGAGUCGCCGGCAUGCUUAAAAACUGGAUAUUAAUAGCCCUUUCAACUGUUAUAUUUCCAGAGUCCACAAUAACUGGGUUAAAUAUAACUGGCUAUCCUAUAGCACUAUAUGGCGUUGUGAUGUACAAUUACAUAAAAGUCAAGGACGUUCGAGCCUCUCAACAACCUACUGAAAUCAUUCCAUAUCAAAUCACAAAGGUAUCUUCUUGA